AUGGCCGCAUCAGUAAUGAUUUUGGAACUCUGUAGCUUCUUAAUUUUACUCUCGAAUGCAAAAAAGGGAAAAAUGGAGAUUAUUUUGGCUGAUCCAGAUGUGCUGAUUGGAGAGGAUGCUCUGCUCCUGUGUAAAGCUGGAGGAGAAGGAGAAAUCAAAUGGCUGAAGAAUGAGGAGGAUGUUGAUGAAGAUCAAUAUGUGGUGGAGAAAAUUGAUGAAACUACAAGCAAACUGACUAUAAAAAAGGCUAAGCCGGAAGACAGUGGAAAAUACACUUGCGAGUGCGAAUUUGAGACAGGCCAAACUGAUUCCAGAUCAGUUGACAUUUUUGUGUACGACAAGGUGGCUUUUGGUAGUACAACGACCUACCAUGAGUUUUUACAGGGUCAGACAGUGGUCGUUCCCUGUAUAGUCACUGGGAAGCCAGAGGUGGAGGUCAAUUGGAUCUGGAAAAAUCGCGUAAUUGAUGACGGUCAUAAACACUUCAAAAUCCUGCCAGAUAAGUCUCUGGAGAUACAGAACAUUCAGAGGGAGGAUGAUGGAAACUAUAUAUGCGAGGGCAAAAUAAAGGGAGCUAAGGGACCUGACAAAGCUGCUCAACUUAGUAUCUCUGUCGUUGUUAAUGCUCCACCAACGGUGAAAAUUCGUGAGGAGCUAAAAAAAGUCGUGGCAGGCCCAGAAACCAAUGUAACUCUUCAAUGUUUGGUCACCGGAGCUCCGCAGCCAACCAUUUCUUGGACAUACCCUGCAAACUCUGAUUUCUCCCGUUACAUUUUCAACUCUGACAAGAGUCAGCUGGUCAUUCCAUCUGUGGUCAGGAGUGACUUUGGGGAGUACAUCUGCACUGCCACCAAUAAGAUUGCAGAAAAUAGUGCUACAUUCACACUGGAUGUCUCAGAGCAUCCUGUGGUUGUCCUGAGCCAAGAAGUGUUGCAGGUGGAGCCUGGACAGACAGUCUCCGUAUCCUGUAACGCCACUGGACACCCGGCCCCCACACUUCGCUGGGUCAGGAAGAACUCCAACGAGGACUUGAGCUCCUCUAUUGGCCGGAGGAGGGUGGUGGAGAAUGAGUUAAUCAUUGAGAAUGUGGCGCCCUCUGAUGGUGGCCUGUAUUCCUGCGUGGCUGUGAAUAAUCUAGCGACUACCUCUCGAGACUUUGCCUUACAGACUAAACCAGACAAGCCAGUCCACAUCACUGCUGCCCCAGGUCCCACUUCAGUUCAUUUCACCCUUAACAAUGAUGUGUUGAAUGGAGGCUCACCAAUCACCUACUACGUAGCCCAAUGGAGAAAAAACUCUGCACAGGAUUGGAAACAAAUUAACAUUUCUCAUACAGAGCAACUGGUGAUCACAUCUUUAGAGCCUUACACCGCAUACUUAGUCCGCUUGGCUGCCCAAAACGCUGUUGGUUUGGGAAACUUUUCAUCUGAACUUCCUGUUCGCACUCAGGGAAUGCAAGGAGAGCCUGACAGUCCUGUCCUGACAGCAAGCAAGAGCCAGGUGAAGGACAAUUCCUUCUCGAUUCCUCUCAAACAGCUGGACAAUGGUGGCUCACCAAUCACAAGCUAUGCAGUGCAUUACAAAGUGGACAAGGACAAGGAAGAUUGGAGAACUAAGUCAUUCCCUGGAAAUUCUACCAGUAUUUACCUAGAUAACCUUCAGUACAAUGCUGAGUACCAGAUGGAAGUUUUUGCUGUCAAUCUCAAUGGUUCAUCAAUCCCCGUCAGUUUUAAUUUCUCCAUUCCACAGCCGGCAGCUUCCAGUGGGCCUACCUUGGGCAAAGGUGGUGUUGUUGGAAUAGUCCUGUUUAUCUUCUUCGUGUUGCUGGUGGCUGUGGAUGCAGCUUGUUGCUAUACCAACCGCUGUGGCCUGCUAAGAUUCAUUGCGCUCAAGCUAUGCGGACAGAAGGUGCCUGGUGAAAAAAGCUUGGAGGAGGGCGAUGGCAAUAUAGCUACUGUAGACUUGAAGUUCAAGGGACUAGACGUACCAAGGGCUAGCAUUCCAAAACUACAGACACAAAAUGGGGCGUCAGGUGGGGCUCAGUCGGAGGUCACAUGCGACAAGGCGCCCCUCACCAAAUUCGAGAAACCUCCAGCCAAUACUGAUCCAGCUGCAGAUGCAGGAGUGUGA